AUGGACAAGCAAGUACAGGAUGACCUUUUGGGGGACGUGAAGGGCUUUCUGGAUGAAGAUACUCAAAAGUGGUACGCCGACCGCGGUAUUCCCUACCAGCGUGGCUACCUUUUCUAUGGCCCUCCUGGAACCGGAAAAUCAAGCUUCAGUCUCUCACUAGCAGGGGAGUUUGAACUGGAUAUUUAUACGCUUCAAUUGUCCGGUAUUUCGGACAGCAAGCUGAUGAAGCUAUUUGCUGAGCUUCCACCCCACUGUAUCGUUCUCCUAGAGGAUGUCGACGCCGCUGGGAUGGGGCGUAGGGACGAUGCGGCCGCAGACCAAGAGAGCAAUUCAGGCUCUGGAGUCACCUUAUCGGGUCUUCUUAAUGUCCUUGAUGGCGUCUCAUCUCAAGAAGGUCGGGUCCUUAUUAUGACAACCAAUCACAUCGAACAUCUAGAUGAAGCGCUCAUUCGGCCCGGGCGCAUAGACAAGAAAGUGCAUUUUAAUCUUGCGGAUAGGAAAAUUUCGGCUCAGCUUUUUCACACAGUCUUCAAGCAAACGCCCGACCACAAUCAAUCUAAGAAACAUCUGGGCGACGACACGAUUGAGAGGCUUGCUAAGGAUUUUGCUUCCAAGGUGCCAGAUGAGGUUUUCAGUCCAGCCGAAGUUUUGUCGUUCCUAUUGGAGCAGAAGACCUCGCCUUUUGGCGCUGUUGCCGGUGUUGAAACCUGGAUAGCAAAGGCAAACGAGGCAGCGAGCCAACUGAAGAGAGAUGGUUCUUGGGUACAAGAAGGACGUUAA